GAGAGUUGCGUCAUAUCACUGGCUGCAUGGGGCAGAUCAUCACUGAAAUCAGUAAUAACCAGCGGCUCCAAUUUCGAGGUAUCAGAACGGAAGACGAAAUCGCACUCAAACUGAACUUAAUCAUUGUCACUCUGGUGGUUCUCCUUACGUCGGGACCUGCACAAGCAGGGUGCAGCACGGACCCUACAGACGGAUGCAUAGACCAAGGGACGGAGUUUUGGGACCUGUUCUUCAAGACCUUUGUUUUGAAGCAGUCAGGUGGACGUUCUGUACGGAUUACUAUAUAUGUAGAGACGGAACCCGGGACUGCAGCAGAGGUUGUAUGUGCAGUGAGUUCUUUUGCUGGGGUGGUUCGAAAAGCUAUUGCCAAAAAAGCCACCACGGCUGAGAGGUGGUCAGUAGAAGAAUACGUAGCCCUGCCCUCCACACCGAGAAAAUAAAUGAUGCACUGUG